CAAUGGCCGUGAUCAAUAAACGUUUGUUGCCCAUUAAGGCUCACUAUUUCUUUUUUAUGGCGUCCAUGGGUCCCAUUUUACCCCAAUUAGCGGUUAUUGGCAAACAAAUUGGCAUAGAUCCGGAGGUAAUGGGCUAUAUUACCUGCAUUUUGCCGGUAAUGUAUGUCAUCGCUAAGCCGAUGUUUGGUUUUAUUGCUGAUUAUUUUUCGCAUUUCCGAAAAUGCAUAUUCAUUUUCUUGAUAGUCGGUAUGAUCUUGUCCUAUGCCGGUUUCUAUUUUAUACCCGAAAAUUCAACGACAAUACAGAUGACGCCAAACGCCUUGGAAAAUAUUACCAUGGAUAUGCGAAAUAUAACCCAAUGUGAUGAAAAG